AUCCCCUGCCCAGCCAACAGCCACUUCGAGUCCCAAGGCACAGCCUGUCCAGCUACUUGCAUCAAUCCCAAUUCUACCCACAACUGUCCUCUCCCUGCCCAGGAAAGCUGCAUCUGCAAUUCAGGCUACGUCCUCAGUGCUGGGGUAUGCGUCCCUCAUGCUGAGUGUGGCUGCAGCUUUGAGGGUCGCUACUACCGCUCUGGAGAAACUGUAAUACUAGAUGAGGACUGUGGGAGACGUUGUAGCUGCAGUUAUGGCUCCAUGACCUGCCGCUUCCAUGGAUGUGGCCUACACGAGUCUUGCAGGGUGGAGGAGGGAGAAAGAGGAUGUAGACCUAAUGGUUUUGCAACUUGCUGGACAAGAGGCCCAGGGACAUAUCAAACUUUUGAUGGACUGACAUACAGGUAUCCUGGUGCAUGUCGACUUACCCUUGCCAAAGUAAUGGGAUUAUCUAGUCAUCCACAUUUUGUGGUGACUGCUGAAAAAGUGCCCAGAGGUCAGCAGGGCUUUACCAGGGUACUAAAAUUUGAGGCAGAGGGAACACAAAUCUCCAUUGAAAUGACAGCAAGCAGCAAAGUUCAGGUUGACGGUCAGCGGAUCAGACUACCCUUCAGAUCAGCAUCCAACAGAAUCCAGAUCUACCACAGCAACAUUCACAGUAUCAUCCUGCGCACCUCCUUUGGUGUAACGGUGCAGACAGUCUGGCCUCACUUUGUGCGUGUCACUGCACCUAGCAUCUACAGUAAUUCACUGGGUGGACUGGGUGGUAAUUACAAUGGUCAACCACAUGAUGACUUUCGCACACCCAAUGGCAUUCUAGUCAACAGUUCCCUGGAGUUUGGGGACAGUUGGCGAGAUGGCUCCCUCGCUGCACACUGUGUGGAAAGUGUAAAUCAGAACUCCAGAACAAACUACAAUUCUAGUGAGUACUGUGGUAUCCUUGGCUCACCUCAUGGGCCUUUUACCCAGUGUUGGGCCAUGGUAGAUCCACAGGAGAAUGUGGAUGCAUGUGUGGAGAUCAUAAGGACCUCUAGAAAUCCUGCUUCAGCACGUUGUGAGGUCCUGCGCGAUUAUGCACUGAUGUGUCAACAGAAAGGCAUCGCCCUUGGACACUGGAGAAAUGCAACUGACUGUGAGCAAAACUGCCCUCAAAACAGCCAUUAUGAAGUCUGUGGAACCUCUUGUCCCUCCACCUGUCCCAGUCUCUCUUUCCCUUUUGACUGUGUUACUGCAUGCCAGGAGGGUUGCCAGUGUGAUGAUGGUUUUGUCCUCAAUGGAAACCAGUGUGUGCCACCAAUAGGGUGCGGAUGCUAUCACCAAGGACGCUAUCGGCAAGGGAGUGAACAGUUCUGGGACGGGGAGGAGUGUCAGAGCUUGUGCACCUGUGAUGGCACUACUGGGGUAGUCCACUGUGUCCCUAACUCCUGUGGUCCCCAGGAGUCCUGCCGUGUGGUGGAGGGUGAGUUUGGCUGCCAUCCAAACCCUCAUGGCACCUGCUCUGCCUCAGGUGACCCUCACUACCUCACCUUUGAUGGCAAGGCCUAUGACUUCCAGGGAACCUGCCGCUAUACUCUGGUGACCCUUUGUAAUACCACUGAUGGACUCCACCAAUUUUCUGUGGAGGCUAAGAAUGAGCCGUGGAGAGGGCUGCCAGUUUCAAUCACAGCUGAAGUUUUUGUAAAUGUGUGGGGCUAUCAAGUGCAUAUGUCAAGGGACAGCCACGGUUCGGUACAGGUGAAUGGGGUAACUAAAAACUUGCCUAUUCUCUUGAACGGAAGUCGUGUUUCUAUCUACGCAAGUGGAUCUCGCUCAUUUGUAAGUGCUGAUUUCGGCCUAAGUGUCACAUACGAUGGAGGGAGUACAGUAUCCAUCUCUGUACCACCAAGUUACAGAGGAAAAACAUGUGGACUUUGUGGAAACUUCAAUGGAAAUCCAAAUGAUGAGUUCCACAACCCAUCUGGAAUGAUGGUCACCACUCCAGAUGAGUUUGGGGCAGCUUGGAAAGUGGAAGGCAACUAUACCUGCAGUGAUGGGUGUGGGUCCUCUUGCCCACAGUGCACUGAUGAGCUACCUGCCAGAGCCCAAUGUGAGGUGAUUCAGGCAGUCAAUGGCCCCCUCAGCUUCUGCCAUGAGCAGGUGGACUCAGCGCCAUAUUUCAGCGACUGUGUGUUUGAUGUUUGUGUGUCGGGAAAUCGAGGCCAAGAUCUUCUGUGUAGGGCCAUUGAGGCUUAUGUCAGUGCUUGUCAGUCUGCUAAUGUCCAAAUCUACCCAUGGAGACAGAACACCAGCUGCAGACUAGACUGUCCAGCCAACAGCCAUUAUGAGCUGUGUGGUACCGACUGUGGCCACACCUGUGCAAGCAGCACUGAUGCCACCUGUGAGCAGGGUUGCUCUGAGGGAUGUUUCUGUGACGAAGGUUUUCUCAGGAGCGGGACGAGAUGUGUCCCUGUGGAAAGCUGUGGCUGUCAACAUGAUGGCUUCUAUUAUAACGACGGUGAGUCCUUCUGGACAGAAGGUUGCUCCCAGCGAUGU